CCAGCACUGGGGAAACCAAUCUAUGCACCAAAAUGUCUAAGUCUGGAAACAAGCCUUCAGAAAGUUCUCAUUCCUGUUGUUCUAAAGUUGUCUGCCAGAAGGUAGGUGUUGUGAGGUGAGGUAGAACUCUGCAUUUCCUCCUCAAAGUCGAAGAGAAAGGAAUUUUCAAAGUGGGGAUUAUGUUCUUGGUCUUUAUUUUUUUAUGAAUAAAGCCUCCCGACUCCCCAGUUCUUCUCUUGGUUUGCCCCGCCCUUCAGAUCACUUUCUAUGAGGACAAGCACUUUCAAGGCCGCCACUAUGACUGUGACUGCGACUGUGCAGAUUUCCACAUGUACCUGAGUCGCUGCAACUCCAUUCGAGUGGAGGGAGGCACCUGGGCCGUGUACGAAAGGCCCAACUUCGCGGGCUACAUGUACAUCCUACCUCGGGGCGAGUACCCCGAGUACCAGCACUGGAUGGGCCUCAAUGACCGCCUCAGCUCCUGCCGAGCUGUUCAUCUGUCUAGUGGAGGCCAGUAUAAGAUUCAGAUCUUUGAGAAAGGAGAUUUUAAUGGCCAGAUGUACGAAACCACUGAAGAUUGCCCUUCUAUCAUGGAGCAGUUUCACAUGCGAGAGGUCCACUCCAGUAAGGUGCUGGACGGCGUCUGGAUUUUCUACGAGCUACCCAACUACCGUGGCAGGCAGUACCUUCUGGACAAGAAGGAGUACCGGAAGCCCAUUGAUUGGGGUGCAGCUUCCCCAGCUGUGCAGUCUUUCCGCCGCAUUGUGGAGUAAUGACGGGGAUGGGGCCACAGGCUUCUCCCUGGGGGCCAUGUGCUGGCUAGCCUUGUCAUCCAAGUAGGCAUCAUAAAUAAAACAAUUGGCAUGCAUUCCA